AUUUCAAAAAUCUGACAUUUCCAUUAUAAAAUUGAAAGUUAAACAAAUCUGCUUCUGGAAGUAAGUUCUUCAAAAUUGUUCUUUGUAAUACAAAAAAAAAAAAUAUGCCCAAGAGUAAUUGUAGUGAUUGCACCUGCCGUUUGGCCAACGAGGUGGGCCAACUAAAGGCUAUCGUCAAUGCCCAGAGCAAGACGCUCGCCAAGCUGGUCAGGCAGAUGAGGGAAGGCUGCAGAAAGGACGAGGAGCCCAAGGAAUGCACGCUCUGCGGGCUGAAUCCUUGCCUGAAGUGCCUGCAGCCCGAUAUACUCUAUCACCUGGGACUAGACACGGAGACCACCGACUUUCCCAAGGUUUUCGGGGAUGUGCGGUUUGUUUGCAUGGGAGGAACCCCCGGGCGGAUGGAGAACUUUGCCUACUACGUGAUGCAGGAGAUCGGGCUGAAGAUCAAUGCGGCCACCAAGCUACGGGACAUGUCGGAGGCGGGCAAGCGGUUCUCCCUGUUCAAGGUGGGCCCCGUGCUCUGCGCCAGCCACGGCAUGGGUUGUCCUUCGAUCUCCAUCCUGCUGCACGAGCUCAUCAAGAUGAUGUACCACGCCAAGUGCAAGGACCCCGUCUUCAUCAGGAUCGGCACCUGUGGGGGCAUAGGCGUCGAUCCCGGCACUGUUGUCAUCUCCUCGGAGGCGGUCGAUGGUCGCCUGAACCCCGCCCACGAGAUCCUGGUGCACGGCAUCAGCGUCCAGCACGCCAGCCAGCUGGACGAGGGUCUGGCCGAUGAAAUCAAGAUGUGCCACGAUCCCGAUAAGGACAAUUUCGAAACCGUAAUAGGGAGGACCCUGUGUGCGCACGACUUCUACGAGGGCCAGUCCCGGCUGGACGGCGCCUUUUGCGAGUACACGCUGGAGAACAAGCAGACCUACUUGGAGCAGCUGCAGACCCAGCAGGUGAAGAACAUCGAGAUGGAGAGUCUGGCCUUUGCCGCCCUCACCAGUCGGGCCAAUAUCAGGGGAGCAGUCGUCUGCGUGGCCAUUCUGAAUCGCCUCAAUGGAGAUCAGAUUAAAACGCCUCAUGAGACUCUGGCCAAAUGGGAGAAGCGACCUGGUGAGCUGGUCGCCCGAUACAUACGCAAGACUCUCUACUUUAACGAAAACGACAACGAUUCGGAGGAACCCGAAGACGAGACCGAGAAAAGAGCUUCUCAGGGUGCGGCUGGAGACACCCAAAAAGCACCUGUGGAGGAAGCCGAAUAAUAAUCCUAUGUCAUCAGUGUAAAUGUCGUAUCUCACGAUGGUGAAUACAAUUCUAGGAUACUCCUAUUGGGUACCAAUAGACAACUCAUCAUAACAUAUGUUUCCCUACAA